UUAAAAAAUGAACGAUUUGAAGAUAUUCCUCAAGAUGAGAGUGCAGUUAUUGAACCAUGUAAAUACUCAUUUGAAGGGGAGAUUGUUGAGAAUGAAGAAUGGGAUUGGAAGAAUGAAAAGUUUAGUUCAGAUGAUGAGACAAACGCUGAAAAUAAAGAUUAUUUCAAUUUUGAAGAAAGUACAUUUGGAUAUGAGUCGUUGAAUCAUCAGUCUGAUGGUGAAAAUGAACGAAAUGAUACUAACCAAGUUAAUGAAGAACAACACAAUAAAGAAAAAGAAGAAGAUAAGAGAAAUGAAAUGAUUAACAAAGCAAUUGAUGAGUAUCUCAAUGAUGACAGUUAUGAAGAGUGUAUGAAAGCAGAUGGACAUUAA